AUGGCGUCCAAGGCCGCCAAGGCGGCCGCCGGUGACAGCGCCAACGGCAGUGCCGCAGCGGCCGCGGCCGCGGCGCCGUCCAACGGCGGCGCGGGCGACGACCGCGUGGCGCGCUUGAGGGAGGCGAUGGCGCGCGCCGACGGCGGGAAGGGCGUGCAGGCGUACAUCGUGCCAUCCGAGGACCCCCACAUGAGCGAGUACGCCCCUGGCAGAUUCAAGCGCCGCGAGUUCAUUAGCAAGUUCACAGGGUCUGCCGGCACUGCAGUCAUCACGGCGGACCAGGCCCUGCUGUGGACUGACGGCAGGUACUUCCUGCAGGCGGAGCAGGAACUCGAGCCGGGGUGGACCCUCAUGCGCGGCGGCACCGGCCACUGUCCGGAGAUCCCGGACUGGCUGGCUGAGGUGCUGCCUGCCGGCACGCGCGUGGGGAUCGACCCCUUCUGCCACACGGUGGACGCGGUGCGCUCCCUCAGGACCAAGCUGCAGGCCCGCGGCAAGGAGCUGGUCCCCCUGCUGGCGGACGGCAACCUGGUUGACGCAGCCUGGGGGGACGCCCAGCCGGAGCUGCCGCUGUCGCCGCUGCGGGUGCACGCGCUGCAGUGGGCGGGGCAGGGGGUGGCGGACAAGCUGGCGGCGAUGAGGCAGAAGAUGAAGGCCGCCGAGGCAGGGGCGCUUUUGGUGACGGGCCUGGACGAGGUGGCCUGGCUCCUCAACCUGCGCGGCAGCGACGUAGACUACAACCCUGUGUUUGUCGCGUAUGCGAUGGUCACGGGUGAGGGGGCCAGCCUGUACACUGACCCCCGCAAGAUCACGCCAGAGGUGGCCGACCACCUCAAGGAGGGCGGCGUGGAGGUGCGUCCGUAUGACUCGUUGGUGGCUGAUGUCAGCGCCCUGGCGGCUGCCGGCACACCUAUCGCAAUGGACUUCACGCGG